GUAGUUACCUCUAUGACAAUGUCAAAAAGUUAAUUUCAAAAGUGGCAGUGAAUGUGCUCAGAAUAAAUAUUCAAAAUUAUACGUGCGAGACAGGAUAAACAUGUUACCCCAUCUAGCUCUGAAACCAAAACCUGUUGAGGUGCCUCAAAAAGAAAACACCAUAAGAUUAGCAUCAUGUAACGGAGGACAAAGCCUGGUUCCAGGGGAACCUGAUGGCCCCUGUGUGAAAACUGACAUUCCUGGACCAAAAUCAAAGGCCUUGAUGGGUGAACUGAGCAAAAGCCUGUUUCUUGGAUCCAUUCAAUUUCUAGGAGAUUACGACAAGUCUAUAGGAAAUUAUCUAGUUGAUGCAGACGAUAACGUUUUAUUGGAUACUUAUACACAAAUAUCCACGGUGCCAAUCGGAUACAAUCACCCUGAACUUUUGAAAGUGUUCCAGAAUGAACAUAACCUGAAAACUAUGGUGAAUAGACCAGCAUUGGGAGUAUUUCCGGGAGUCGACUGGCCAAAGAAAAUGGAACAUAUUCUUAAAGAGGUUUCCCCUGGGCUUCCCCACAUCACCACCAUGAUGUGCGGUUCCUGUUCGAACGAGAACGCUUUCAAGAACAUAUUCAUGGCCUACAGAGCGAAAACUCGAGGAGGAGGAGACUUUACCGAAGAAGAAAAACAAUCGUGCGUGAUCAAUCAACCGCCUGGGUCGCCGAAACUGUCCAUUCUGUCGUUUAUCGGAGGCUUCCACGGGCGUACCUUGGGUGCCCUAUCCAGCACACAUUCUAAGGCAAUUCACAAAAUUGAUGUACCAGCCUUCGACUGGCCCAUCGCCCAUUUCCCCAAAUACAAAUACCCGUUAGCGGAUAAUUGCCGAGAAAAUGUAGAGGAAGAUCACAAAUGCCUAGCGGAAGUGGAGGAUCUGAUGGAAAAAUACAAGAAGAAAGAUAUUCCGGUAGCCGGUGUGAUAGUUGAACCAAUCCAAUCUGAAGGGGGAGAUAAUCAUGCAUCACCGGAAUUUUUCCAGUGUUUGCAGAAAAUCUGUAAGAAAAAUGGCGCCUACCUGUUGAUUGAUGAAGUUCAAACUGGUUGUGGACCUACAGGAAAAUUCUGGUGUCACGAAUAUUUCAACUUGGAAUGUCCGCCAGAUAUCGUAACUUUCAGCAAAAAAAUGCAGAUGGCCGGAUAUUUCCAAACAGAAGAAAUGUCACCGAAAAAACCUUAUCGAAUAUUCAACACCUGGAUGGGCGACCCCGGCAAAGCCAUCCUUCUAGAAGCCGUCUUGAAAGUGAUCAAAAGCCAGAAUUUGCUCGAGCAAGUCGAGAAAUCGGGAAGGAGGUUGCUUUGCGGGUUGCACGAUUUGCAGAGUGAGUUCCCAUGUCACCUGAAUUCUGCAAGAGGAAGAGGAACGUUUGCGGCAAUCACAGCUGAAUCGCCGGCCCUACGAGACGAUAUUCUGAAGAGGAUGAAGAAGAAAGGUGUACAAGGCGGCGGUUGCGGACUCCAAUCAAUCCGUCUGAGGCCAGCCCUGGUCUUCCAAGAGCAUCACGUCGACAUAUUUUUGGAUAUUUUUCGAGAGAUCAUGAAAGAAAUUAAAUGAAAGAAGCCCAGACAGCAAAACUUCAAAAUAUAUGACACAUUUACAAGCUGUUUCGCCAUAUUCGCUCACUGUCAGUUAUCAGGUCUUCCAAUGUGAUGAUGUCUUCCAUUUUGUGCUAGAAUAAAUAUAUAAUUAAAUGAGGAAUCCAUAGUA